CACCCUGCGUCUCCCCAGCUCCAUGGCGGCCAAGUGGUUCAAGGAGUUCCCAUCCAACCUGAAGACGGUUUCAGAGAGGGCUCGGCCGGGAAGCGGGAGCCUUGGCAAGAGCCGCAAGAAUUCAACUGCUGAUCUGGGGGGCUACCGGGCGGCUGGGGGUGGCAAGGAAGGGGGCAGCCGGCUGUCUCGGGACAACCUGCAGGGUCUGCUCCAGGCCGCCACCGGGAAGAUGCGGAAGAAUUCCAGAGUGGAGGGAGGCACAGCAGAGGGACCCUCCAAAACCUACAUCAACCGCCUCAUCAAGGUGGAUGCUUCUGAGAAGAAUGGGAAGGGGCACCCUGGACCCCUGCCUGGCGGCCUGCCUGCCCCCGAGCAGGACAAGGGGAAGCCCCCCAAGACAGAGACGGUCAUCAUCCUGGAGGAUUACGCAGACCCUUACGAUGCCAAACGGACCAAGGGGCAGCGGGACGCUGAGCGCCUGGGGGAGAAUGAUGGGUACAUGGAGCCCUAUGAUGCCCAGCAGAUGAUCACAGAAAUUCGUCGUCGUGGCUCCAAGGACCCCCUGGUCAAAGCCAUCCUGCUGCUGGACGGUCCUGGAGAGCCUGGGGAGGGGGCUGCCAAAUUGGAUCUUGCCAAACGGCCAGGGGGCAAGGAGGUGUCAGGGAAGGGGCCACAGCUCUAUGACACCCCUUAUGAGCCUGGGGAGGGGGUGGCCGGGGGGACCCCAGAGCGCAGGGUGAGGGCUGGUGAUGGGCGCCUGCCUGAGAACGACGAGCGCCCAGCGGGGGAAUAUGAGCAGCCAUGGGAAUGGAAGAAGGAGCAGAUUGUCAAAGCACUGUCAGUCCAGUUUGAGGGCUCGGAGCGUCCUAAGGAGGAAACACUGCGGCAGCACCUACGCCAGAAGAGCUGGACCCCCAAGAUGCUGAAGCCGGCGGGCACCGAGCACAGCGAGGGGGAGCGGGUGGACCCUGCCCUAGCACUGGAGAAACAGCCUUGGUACCACGGGGCCAUCACGCGGGCCGAGGCGGAGAGCCGGCUGCAGACGUGCCGGGAGGCCGGCUACCUGGUGCGCACCAGCGAGACGGGCAGCGGCAAGUACUCCAUCGCGCUCAAGACCAGCCAGGGCUGCGUCCACAUCAUCGUGGCCCAGACCAAGGACAACAAGUACACGCUCAGCCAGGCCAGCGGCGUCUUCGCCAGCAUCCCUGAAGUCGUGCACUACUACUCCACUGAGAAGCUGCCCUUCAAGGGGGCUGAGCACAUGGCCCUGCUGCACCCCGUGCACUGCAAGCUGCAUUAGCGUCUGCUGACACCGCCCCGAGUGCUCUGCGACCCCCACCCCUGUGGCGUGAGACACGGUGCGGCCACAGCGAGGGGCAUUUGUCAUGUCUCCAGUCCUGAAGGGACCCCACUCCUGGACUCCAGCAGGGCUGUCCCCCUUUUGCUGGGACAAAUCCCAACCACCUCGUGCCAGAACCUACUUGUCACGGGGCUGCCCACGUGCACGAGGUGGGAGCACACAGUGAGACUGGGACCUGUAAUGAUCUAGUAAAAUAAACUUCUUGGCUGAGAGGAA